AUGAACCCACCGAAUAAAGAUAACGUCAAACCAAACUUCCGAGUUGGUGCUCGAGAGGAGGAAGAAGAAGAGAUUCUUUCGAUCGACGCUCUCGGAAGGAAUGGACAAGAUUGUGGCCCCGUAAAGGAUGAUGGCGAGAAAGCCGACAGUCCAUCUUCAGAGGAUCCAGAGAAAUCUGGGGCUAAGGCCGUGCCGACUACAACCGGCUUGAGCGUCGUCCAUUCGGGAGCAAGGAAUGCCGAGCGCGAAUUGCUGGAAUCAAAAGGCAUCCUGUUCCGACCACAGCCAGAAAUGACGUUGAGUGACGCCGAUGCAAUGAGUGCCAAUGAAACAAGCGCCAGUAGUCAAGACAGUGCUGCACCCACUGCUGCGAAGCAACACAGAGCUAGCUUCAGCGCAAUAAAUGCAGAACGCACCAUGAUGGAAUCGAAAGCUUCGCUGUUCCUUACAGACGUCGUCGUGAAUGACGAAGACAACAUGCCGUACCCCGCUGCCAUGCAAAAUCGGAUCUGCUCGGGGGCGCGGAAUGCCGAGUCAACCUUGAUGGCAGUCAAAGGUACCGUGUUUGUCCGCACACCACCCCUUACGGAAAAUGUGGCCACUGUGGUACCGGACGAUCCGAACGCUUCCAGUGAGGACAGUUGUGUCCUAGGUGACGCACAAGAAACUGCUCCUGCCCUACCAGAGCUUCACAGAGAUGAGAUUAUGCUCCCUACGAGACAACCUGGUGCUGUUGCUGUUGCAGGAAUGAACAACAGCAGCGAUGAUGCUACGUUAAUGAUUGGGCUGGAAGAAGGCACCAGCAAUGGACGACCCAACAGUGGCACUGUCGAUAAUACCAGGCAAUCGAGUGACGAAGAUUCGGCAGCACAACUCUUCGUUGCAACAUUGGUGAAUGAGAGAGAGCCUGGAGAGGUUGUGGAGGCCAAACCAGCAUUGGAAGGAUUUCAGGCUUUGAUCCAUAACAGGCGCUUCAAGUACGUGGUGGGAAUCCUCUUUGUACUCAUUGUUGCCAGUUUGGUGCCACUUGUUGUCGUCACCACCAGAGAGGCAGAGCUACCGCUUGAAGCCACGUGCGGAACCCGAAGUAACCGUCAAGCAGACUACCGUGGCACCUUAAAUGUAGCCGCAAGUGGCUAUGCAUGUUUGCAAUGGAGUGAAACACACAAUCGACCCGAUAGGCCAGACAAUUUCCGUAUCGAGAAUUAUGGUUCUGCUGGCCUUGAGGAGAACUAUUGCAGGAACCCAAAUAAUCAGGAGAGAGCAUGGUGUUUCACCAAUGAAAAUAGCAACGAGCAGUUCUGUGAUGUGCCCUAUUGUGAGGAGGAGUUGAAAUUGAAUACAACGUGUGGAACCAAGGAACAUCGCUUUACUGACUAUCGUGGGCCCAUAAAUGUUACCAUUGUGAGUUGUACACGUUUUGCUGCCGUGUCAUUCUUGCACCUGUGGAAAGUUCUUCCAGGUGUUCCUCUUUAG